AUGGCCGAGGAACUCGAGUUCUCGUCAUUUGACGAGAAAGAUUGGAAAGCGCAGGAUGCUGCUGACGACCGUGAGAUUGCGCGACUUCUAGAACAGAGUCAGGACGGCCCUGGCGGUGGUCUCAAGCUUGACGAUACGCCUUUCGAUCAAACCAACAAAGCAGACGAUGCAGAAGACUUUGAAGAUAUCAGCGACGACGACCUACCAGACGAAGAAGAGCCUAGCGCAGCUACAUCGCUGGAAGUGCCUGCCCUGACAGAUGACGGAAACACUAGCAACGAUGCAGACGACCUGUUUGGAGAAGGCCCCUCCUCUCCCAUCGAUCUCGUCGAUGGCCCAACUUCUCCUGCUCCUCACGUUCGCGACGCCGAGGCAGUUGACGAUUCGCAAGUGGUGGACGCAGGCAUAAGCUUUGGGGCUAUCAAUUUUGACCCAGAUCCACAUCUCAACGGUGCCGACAACCAGGAUCCUGGCAUUCCUGCCCCUGCCGAAUCGAUCGGAGACUUGUUAAAGGCAACAUGGCCAGCAUACAAGAAAGGUCAUAUUCUUACCUGGAGCGAACUAUUGCCACCGAAGAAAGCGACUUGGAAGGAGAAAAAGCCACUUAAGAAACCCAAGUAUCUAGUGACGAGCAAAUUAAGUCUUGACCUAGCGCCUGAUGAUGAGAAGCAAUUUCGGAUUCCUGGGCCAGCAAGCUCAACCAUGAAGGCGAAGCCAAACGAAUUAGCGGUCAACGGCCUGGUACAUUGCAACCUUGCAAGCGAUGGCCGGGAAGAAGACAUUGCACAGUUUGAUGUUGAUCUUGACUCUGAUGCAGAAACUGUCAUGGGCUUCACACUACGUGAUAUUGAGUUGGCAUGCGAAGAUUGGAAUGUCCAUAUCGACACUGUCGAAAGCAACUUUGCGGCUCAACAGCUGGCUGCAGAACAAGCCGCAACAUCACAAAAGCGCCACAUCGACGAGGUUGAGCAAGAUGACGAGUGGGAUGCAGAGUUCCUGAUGGAUAUCGCUGAUGACCCCCAACCUCGCCCGAAGAAACGCAAAGCUAUUCAGCUCGGCUUACCCGAAAUUCCUCGCUAUACGGCUCCCUCUUUCGAUAACUUUGAAGAUGCGACCCGGCGAGGUGCAAAACGCGUUCAUCUGGAUAUUAACGAUCCACAUCUUCUGCUAGAGACGGAGUCAUAUAAUCACAACAAGAGACCGCGGCAAGAGGCCAAGAUGAAGCGCAUGGCAAACGGAAACAUGGGCCGGGAUAUUUCGCAGCGUUUCAAUCUCUCCAACGAUGAGGCGUACGAGCUGUUGAAAGAAAACCAUCAGAGUAAAGUCAGAGCUACUCUCGGAAACAUUUCGGUGGAACACGGCAUGCCCGCCCUCAAGCUUUCAUGGCCAUAUUACAAAGUCAAGCUUGGUGGAACAACGGAUGAAUAUCAUCGCCCUCGCUUCCGCUAUAAGAAAACAGUGGGACACACCGUUAAAUUUGAGAAGCCCAUGCAUUUCAAGCGAAAGCAGAUGAAAGGCAAGGCACAUGAAAUCUUCCUUAAAUCGAAGGACUUGAGCUUGUGCGAUAACUCAGCCGCCGUACUCUUCGAAUACUGCGAGCCGAGGCCACGGGUAUUAAACAGCUUCGCAAUGGGUAGCCGGCUUAUCAAUUAUUACAGACGGAAGGAAAACAGCAACGAGGAGGAUCAGCUUGCGAAGCUGGAGCUGGGCGAGUAUCGCACCCUUCUUCCAGAGGAUCGGUCGCCAUUUUCCCUAUUCGGUACUGUCGACCCUGGUGAAGUUGUGCCAACACUCCACAACGAAAUGUACAGAGCACCAGUUUUUAAGCAUACGCCUCGGAACACAGACUUUCUUAUUAUCCGCAGCACGACUGGUAUUGGUGGCCCUAAGUGGUACAUACACAAGAUUGACCAUAUGCACGUUGUCGGACAGACCUUUCCAUCCGUGGACGUUCCAGGGCCUCAUAGUAGGCGCGUGACGAAUGCAUCAAAGAGUCGAAUGAAGAUGCUGGCCUUUAGAAUGAUUAGACACAGCCGAACAGAUAACUGCCAGUUGUCCGACAUUACUAAGCAUAUUGCGGACUCUACGGAUACUCAGAAUCGACAGAAAUUGAAAGAAUUCCUUCAAUACGACAGAGAUAGCAAGGAGAAGGGAAUGUGGCGCCUCAAGCCCGGAGAAAUACUCCCGGAUGAAAAUGCCAUACGUGCCAUGAUCAAGCCUGAAGAGGUGUGUCUUCUUGAUGCCAUGCAGCUCGGUAUCAAGGAACUUGAGGAUGCCGGCUACGACCCUCGCAAUGCUACUAUCGACGAUGAUGCACAAGGGAUAGAUGCCGACGACGACGAAGAUGAUGAUGGCGAAGGCAGCAAAAUUGUCAAGGGGGCUAAGAAGGUUGCUGAGAAGCAGGAAGAAACACUUGCUGAUAAAAUGGCUCCGUGGAAAACGACAAAGGCGUUCAUUGAUGCAUGUGCUCAGAAGGCCAUGCUUCAGCUACACGGCGAAGGAGACCCUACAGGCCACGGACUUGGAUUUAGUUUCAUAAGAACUUCCAUGAAGGGCGGCUACAUAGAAGCAGUUCAGGGGCCCUUGGCCACGUCAGCGGAUGCAAUGGAGCGUGAGAAACGGGCUAACGGCGGACACGCAUACAACGUCAAGAAGCAGCAGGCAAUGUACGAAGACGGCAUUCGCGAAAUCUGGGACAAGCAGAAAUCCACCCUCUCGGACCCCCAAGAACACGAUAUCAACGAUAUUGCGACGACAGAAGACGAAGACGACAGGUUCAACGUUCACCGUCAUCCGAAACGAGCGAUUCGCAUCUCGAGAGAAGUAGAGCUUCCAGACGGCACGACGCAGACGAGGAUCGAGGUUGUUCAUGACCCAGUAGUCAUUUCACAAUACAUCAAGCGGCGAACUGAGGCCGACUUGGAAAUGAGAGAUAUCUACAGCGCAAGGCCUACGGGCAAUGCCGAUCAUGACCGUCUUGCGGGCCUUAGGAUCAAAAAGGAACUCGAGCGACUGGAGAAAAACAAGGCUCGACGCCAAGCUCGAGAACAGCAGAAAGAGCUACAUCAGAAAGCCAGCGCCGGCGACGCCGGGUCUCCUGGAGCCGAUAAGAUCCCUACAGGAACCACCCGCAAGUGUGCCAAUUGUGGACAGGUCGGACACAUCAAGACUAACAAAAAACUAUGUCCUUUGCUUAACGGCACGAUGAAGGCGGACAACGGCGCUUCGGAGCACGGCGGCUUUGGUAACUACAAUGCCCCCGCGGGAGGCGCAGGAUCACCGAUCUAA